AGUCUGUUAAGUCAAUCGGUAUAGAUCCUAAAUCCUCAGGGGCAUCUUAUCCAUCUCUAUCUGCGAGGUGCUCCGCGGUUCUACCGCUUUGAAGAGACCUGCUGAGUGUGUACAAGAGAGAGAGGGAAUGUGUGUGUGCGUGUGCGAGAGAGCGGGGGGGGAGUGUGUGUCUGCUCCGCUACUGCUGCCCUUUGAUCCCUGCAUUAGUGUUAGUUAGGGGCUCGGAGACACACACUUAGCUUCAGAGAGAGCAGCCAUAGUCAAGACACAGCAACACCACCCCCUUCUCCCGGGCUCCUAUUCCCAACAAUACACUCUAGACCGAGGACAGCCAGGUGCACGACAAGUCCCUGCCAUCCGCGCCUCGCUCACAAUUUCAAUGGACAAAAAUCAUUUUUGAUACUGAUCCCUAAACACGGAGGAGAAUGUGAAAAAGGGCGACAAUGCCCCGCAGGAAGCAGGACCAACCCAAGCGCCUGCCUUCGCAUGCUGAUGGACUUGAGGUGGGCGGGGCCAAGGGGCCGGCAGUGGAGGAGGACGGCUGGUUCGGGAACGCCUCGGACACGCCCUCCGAGUCCUCGUACGGGGACGAGGCCCCGCUGGAGCAGGACGCGUCGGGCGAGAGCUCGGCCGGGUGCCCCACGCCUGUUCCCCGGGCGUCCCUUGACCUCCUGGGGCUGGACAGGGAGGCGCUGAGGGCGGGACACGUCUCCGGCCAGGACACGCUCUCCUCCAUGGUGUCCUCGCUGUUCGGGGACGCCUCCCAGGCGCUGGGCUCCCCCAUGAGCAGCAACCUGCGUCGCCUCCUGGAGGCGGGGGAGCUGGCCGCGCAGGGGAGGGGCGGAGCCUCGCCCAACGCGCCCCUGGCCCUCUCCCCGUCCUCCAAUCACGCGCAGCAGCAGCUCAGCGCCCUGGCCCGCAAGCUGGCCGGCUCCGCCCACUCCGCCACGCCCUCCCCCGUGUCCGUCAAGCUGGAGCCUGGGGGGCGCUUCAGCCCGACGGUGGACGCCAACGGUGGCCCCGCGUGGGCGGGGUCUUUGGAGGCGUGGCCUCCCGGCGGCUGCCACGCCCCCACCAGCCUGUCGCCGGACUCCGCCAUCCUGAAGCUGAAGGCGGCGGCCAACGCCGUCCUGCAGGACAAGGGGGCGGCGAUGGCGCUGUCCUCCUCGUCCUCGUCCUCCUCCUCCUCCUGCUCCUCCUCCGUGUCCUCCAUGGCCACCGAGGAGGCGGGGCGCUUCGACGCCUUCGCCUCCCCCUUCAGGACGCAGUCGGCCAGCUCCACGCUGGCGGCCCUCUCCAAGAAGGUGAGCGAGAGGAGCCAGUCCGGGGCCCAGGCCGAGGGCGCCCAGGGGACCUUCCUCUCGCUGGUCUCCAUGACGUCCUCCGCCGCGCUCCUGAAGGAGGUGGCGGCUCGCGCGGCCGGCUGCCUCCUGUCCGAUAAGAAGGAGCCGCCGCUGGUUCUGGGACCCCGGGAGGACGUCAAACCCCCGACGGACAAGAACCAGAACCAGAACCAGAACCAGACCUUGGACCUGCUGCAGUCGGCACCCACAACCCCGAAGGGCAAGACCAAAGCCAGCAGCCAGGGAGGGUCCCCUGAUGAUGGAGGAAAGCCCUUUCAGUGCCCUGUGUGCGGCCUGGUCAUUAAGAGGAAGAGCUACUGGAAGAGACACAUGGUGAUCCACACCGGCGUCAAGAGUCACCAGUGUCCCCUGUGCCCCUUCCGCUGCGCCCGCAAAGACAAUCUCAAGUCCCACAUGAAGGUCCACCAGCACCAGGACCGCGGAGAGACAUUCCACUGCGAACAGUGCCCCUUCACCUCCUCCCGCCACUUCAGCCUCAAGCUGCACAUGCGCUGCCACCAGCAGUGCCCCGGCAAGGAGGCCAGGGUGAAGGACGAGGUCACCAGCGACACCGAGGACGAGGGCGGGGCCCUGUCGCUGGGGGCGUCGGGGGGGCGGGGCUCUCCCCUCGAGCCGGACGCCGCCCGGCUCCUGGCGUCCCCCGAGGAGGCCCCGGACCACGCCCACGUCAAGGAGGAGCCCCUGGAACAGGAGGUGUCGGCUCUCUCCCCCUUCGCCCUGCACAGGGAGCGGCCCGCCAGCGUCGCCGGCUCCCCUGUCCCCCCCGCUGCCUCCCUCUUCAGCCCCAACAUGAGCGCCAAGACUGCCACCGACCUGCUCAUUAAGCUCUCAGCAGCGAACCAGAAGGAGGCCCUGAAGGGCCCGGUCUGUGUGAAGGAGGAGCCCCAGGCGGAGGGGACGGCGCGGCCGGCCCACGGUGCACAGAGGCCCCGGGAGGCGGUGGGGGGGAAGAGCGGCCUGCUCUGCCAGGACAUCGGCAGCAAGGUGGCCUCCGAGCUGCUGAUGAAGCUGUCAGAGAACAAGAAGGAGGGGAGUUUCCAGCAGGUGACGGUGAAGGCGGAGCCCAUGGAAGUGGACCCCCCUCAGGAGCCCCCUCCGGCCCCCUCUCACGUGCUGGGGUUCGGCACUUUGCCCAGGAGUGAAAAGGCCGACCCGCUGCCGGGCUUCCCCGAUGCCCUGGGCAGCCCACAGAGGGCGCUCUUCUGCGAGGACAUCUCUGUCAAGAUGGCCUCGGAACUCCUCUUCAAACUGUCAGAAAGAGUAAGCAAAACGAAAAACCACAAAGACGGCAGUAUGUUGGUCACGAGCAGCUCUUACUCUGAUGACCGCUUUGGACAAACUCCCUCCGACUCCAUCUCCAAGGCCUGCUCGUCCAGUGGAGCAAUGCUGCAUGAUUCGGGGCACUCAGAAGCAGAUGGGGGGGGCAGGACGGCCCCCUGGCGCAGGCAGGAGCAGCUGCACCCCUGCGGCGUGUGCGGGAAGGUGUUCGGCAGUCAGCAGACCCUCACGCGUCACCUAUCUGUGCACACAGAGGAGAAGUACAGGUGUCCCCUGUGCCCGUACGCGGCCAAGUGCAGAACCAGCCUCAAACGGCACCUCGUCAUCCACUCGGCUGAGCUCGGGAACGCCAACGCUGACGAUGACAUCACGGCCGCGAACGCGGAGAAGAGCCAACACAGCAACUGCCCCUAUUACUACAGCUGCCUGAUGUGCGGCUUCCAGACGGAGCGGAACGCUCAGUUCGUCAGUCACAUGUCCCUGCACAUGGACCGCGAGCAGUGGAUGUUCUCCCUCUGCUGCACCGCCUGCGACUUCGUGUGCGGCGACGAGGUGGAGAUGAAGGCUCACGCCAACGCGGGCGGCCACGCGGGCCCGCCCCCGAGGAGCCCCCUGAGCGAGACCAAGAGCCCGUCCUCGUCCCUGUCCACCCUCAGCGACUCCGUCAACAGCUCCGAGCCCGGCGAGCCCGCGGCCCCGCCCUCCUCCGCCAGCAGCCAAUCCAGCUCCGGCAGCCUGUCGGGGUCGGGCGCCAAGGAGAGGCCGGAGAAAGGCGGCGGUGCGGAAGGUUUCGAGUGCGUCUUCUGCACCUUCGCCUGCGAGGCCAAGUCCGUGUACGAGCGCCACCUGCAGGCCCACCUGGUCUCCCGCAUGUUCGAGUGCGACGUCUGCCACAAGUUCCUCAAGACGCCCGAGCAGCUCCUGGAGCACAAGAAGUGCCACACCGCCCCCUCUGGUGGACUCAAGUGCCCCCUCUGCGCGUACUCCACCAGCCAGCCGGCCGCCCUGGACGGGCACCUGAAGACGCACUGCGAGUCGCGGUUCAGGUGCCGGAUCUGCCAGGCGGCGGAGAGCAGCCAGGCGGCCCUGGACCGCCACGUGCGCGGGCACCGGCUGGGCGGCCACUACCGGUGCGAGCAGUGCGGCUACGCCUCCAAGACGGCCAACAAGCUGAUCGAGCACGUGCGCGUGCACACGGGCGAGCGGCCCUACCGCUGCGACCGCUGCGGCUACUGCUGCCGGCGCAAGGACAACCUGAGCCUGCACAAGAGGCUGAAGCACGGCCAGCAGCCGCUGCGCUGCCCCCACUGCGCCUUCUCCUCCGCCAACCCCUGCGUCUUCAGCAGGCACGCCCGGAAGCACCGGGGCGGGGGCGGGGCCGGGGGCGGGGGAGGGGGCCGGGCGGCCUUCGGGGGGUGGGAGCUCAAGGGCGGGGGCGGGGCCGUGUUCGGGGGGCGGGACUGCGAGAGCGGGGGCGGGGCCUGCAGUCCCCUCCUCAGCAUGUCGGCCUCCCUGGCCCUGCAGUCGGUGGCGCUGUCCGUCACCAGCCGGCAGCAGGGCUCCUCCUCGCCGCUGGCCUCCUUGCUCUACCCGGCGCCCAACGGCCGCUCCCUCCCCUCCCUCUCUCCCUUCCCCUCCCUCUCCACGCAGUACGAGCGGUACAGGACCUGCGACCCCGCCCACCUCAUCCCCCUGACCACGCUCUUCGGCUCUGCCCGCUUCGGGAGGGGCGUGGCGUUCCACGCCCUGUCUCCGCCCCCUUUCCCCAGACCACGCCCUGCCGGCUCCCCGGCCACGCCCUCCCGCUCCCCCACUUCGCUCAAGCACUCGUUCCUGGCUUACCUGGGACUGACGAAAAAGGUCCAGACUGUGUGACCCGCCCAUGACGGGAGUAGUGGGGAGACGAGCUGCUCCACUGAGUCCGGAAUUUUCCAAUCAAGAUAACGUAACAAACUGGAGAGAUGCUAUGCUAGGGGGAAAAUUAUAUAUAAAUACAACUACGGCUGUAUGUGCUUAAAGAAUUUAUAUCAGUGCUGCUUUGAAUCUCUCUCUCUUUUCCGUUAAAUUACGUUGUUUUUUGGACGUUUUGUACGGUUUUGAAUGACAAGCACCCCAACGCUUUAUCGGAAAAAGAAAAAGACAAAACGAGACAAGCCCUUCGAAUGCUCCAUCGUGUGUAAAUGUGUCCGUUGCUGAGCGCUAGAAAAGCAUGCUUGCGUAUGUGCUCCCGUGGUUCAGAAGUCAUCGUUGGCUGGAGUUGAAGAACAUUCCGGCGUCCGAACCAGCCCGACUGCUGAGCUUUUUAGACUGUUUGUAGAGCUUUGAGCUCAGAACAGGCACCGAUACCUCUCUCUGUCUGCUGUCAGAGCAACUCUUUCCUCUCACUUAGUUUUACAGAAAUCCUCCUGGCAAAAACUCCGCCCUCCUCAGUGGUGGGAGGAGCUCCUGAGGCAGCCAUAUGCCAAUCAGGCAGACAGAGUCAUGAGUGGCUGUCCUGUGAAGAUGAAUUUGAAUUUGGGCACCUCCCCACUCCUGCUCCACCCUAUCACUAGUGCUCUUUGGAAGUGUCAGUUUGACAAGUCACUUGGCCCCACCAAAAAAAAAAGAAUGUGAACGAAUGUACAGUAUUGCUUUAAAUGCAAAUGUGGGCGUGUUGCCAGCGUGGAUGAGUUAAUUUCAGAAUAGAGUCCUAGAUCAACGGCCUUCCUUGGCUGCCUAAUUUUCCUUUGACUUUUCGAAAGGCCUUUUAAUCAUUCAGAAUGAACGAUACGUAACCAACAAUAUGUAAUAGUCAUUAAUACUAAUAACAGAAAAUAACGACUUUCAGUGAAGAUGCGUAGCAGAUGCUGAGAGAGAAGCCUAAGCAUUCAAUGUGUGUUAGCCCAGUUCCUCAAUACCUCUUCCCCAUUUGCAGCGGAGGUAUGGCAACCCCUUCUAUACUACUCUCUUGGAUGCAGGAUUGCACUUUAGAACAGUUUGAGAUUGAAGAAAAGCACUUAGGCCAUCUCUUCCUUUUUUUUAGUUCGUCCUCACCCUUAAAAACUCCGCUCUCUUGCAGAGAAGAAGCCUUCUAUGGGAGGCCACAUGCUGGCGUGUUUUGUUUUCCUGUUAGAAAAGAAAAAGUUGAAGGAAAUGCCUGUAUAGUGGGGAUACAGUUGUGGAGUGGUUCACUUCUCUUAAAAUCUAUGUGAAAUGAGGAAGUACCAUGUAUAGAAAGCCCACUUGUAGUUAUUGGAUCAGUAGUUUGUACAGGUAUAGCUUAUCCUGGGCACAAAUGCUCAGGCUAAAAUUUAAAAAGCCAGUUUUGCACAGUGCUUUCUUUUUUUGCACUUUUUUGUAUUUGUCCACAAGGAAGUAUACAUCUUACCCGAUACUCGGCACCACUCGUAACUGUGUGGAUUCGGAAGCAACAGUUAUCUCUCAUAGUUUGAUUAUGACGUGCCUCAGUAGAAUGGCACUUGUGUUCCCAAGCGAUCCAAAGUUGUUCAUUAUUUGUAAAGGGAUUAUUUGCGCCUGUGUCAAUUGUUUUCUUUUACUCUUUUCUUAAUGAUUUGUAAUUGUGGGUUUAGAGACCAAAUGUAAAUGUACUGGGUCAUUAUGGUUAAAUCUGAUUGGUCCCGAACUGGAUAAAGGGGUCAGCGGUGGUGUCCUGUAAAUGAACAGCCUGACUUUGCUGUGCCCCACCUUAUGGGCUGUUGUCAAUCGUUUCUUUUAUACUCUAGUGCCACCUGGUGGAAGAGAGCGGCCUAGCGCCAGUAAGAGUGGGUCAGACUCACGUUUAGUGUCUACUCGAUACCUGUUAGGUUGCCUUUGAAUAUUGUUUAAUCUUACAAUAUAACACGACAGAGGUUUUACACAGACUUCCAUGUGUGAAGGCGGGCGUUCCAGAAUUUGGUGAGCGCUUAGCUCAGCUCUUGUUUGCCUAAAUGUGACUAGCACAGCCAUCUAACGCCGUUGUGUGACUACCUUUAGCACUUCCGAACAUGCAUGCUAUUGCAAGCUACAGCUCUUAGCACUUACAUUUUCUAAGCUUACUUUGUCGUUUAUUUUUCUGUCUUCUUUUGCAGUCAUCGCUGCAUUCUCUCCAAUUUUCUUCGGAUAUCUCCAGUCGGAGGUUUUGUUGUAUUUUAUUUCUCCGUUUGAUUCAAGUUCCUUCUUUUUGGAAUAGUUUUUUUUUUUUUUUGGCACUCUGUAAAAUUGAUAUGUGCUGUAUAAAGCUUUUUUAUGACUUCAUCAUUAAGGCUGUACAGGGUUCUUUGUGGAAGUAACUGGUAAUUAGAUCAUUUGUACUUAUUUUGUUUUGUAUCGUUUGUUUGGCAUUGUUUUAUGUUAUGAUUGCCAGUUUCCAAUGUUAACAUUUGAAAGUAAAGCUUACAUCAAAUAUUA